CAUCCUGGGAAUUGCCGAUUCCUCGAACCCCAUGGGUGAUGGCGUCAACAGCGGGCUGUUAGGACUGGGGUAUCCAUCCUUGACAUCCGCUCAUCCCGGAAAUUACACCCCGAACACCACAUUUUUCCAAAAUCGGGCUGUCUACAACCCCGUGUUCAACACGAUGUAUUUGCAGGGCUUGGUGGAGCCGUGGUUUAGCGUCGCGCUGGCUCACACCCCACUUCAGAACGGUAGUCCGGAAUUUGGGGGCUACCUGGGUCUAGGUGAGCUGCCGCCCGUCCCGCAUAGUGAGGCGUUCAGUGCCGUCCCGGUGGAGGUCAUGGACAAUAUUCCGCUGUGGUUCACCUCGGGCAAGCGGGUCCGGUCGUACUGGGCCUUCACCGUGGCCGGUGCUCGGUAUGGAUAUGAGAAUGGGAGUCAUGCUCAAGCCAAUGAUACUGCGUUCCAGGCUUUUGUGGACACGGGGAAUGAGUUUUCCUACCUUCCGGCGGCGAUCGUGGAACCGGUGAAUGCGCUCUUCUCCCCGCCUGCGGUCUAUAGUGAGGACCUGGGCGUGUAUGUGGUGGAUUGUGAUGCGCAGGCACCUUUAUUUGGGGUCGCCAUUGGGAACCAGACCUUCUAUCACAACAGAGGCGAUCUCAUCUAUAAUUUCGGGGAUGGGACCUGUGCUUCCACUUUGGUGGCAUCGGAGACCGUGGCGCUCGAGGGUAUUGUGCUGAAUAUUCUGGGGGUGUCAUUCCUGAAGAACGUCGUGGCAGUGUUUGAUUUUGGGAUGAAUGAGUUGAGGUUUGCGAAGAAAUUAGUGGCAUGUGGGAUCUAGCUUGUGG